AUGGAGGAAGGCUCGGCUAUCGGUCAACUGGGCGAUCCUCCCGUCCCCUCCGCGUCCACCUCCCACCGACGCGCUCCGUCAGGCUCGAGCCUGCUCUCGAGACUUCCUUUCCUGCGGCCCGCCGGCGACACGAAGCCGCCCCACGAGGCCGACGAUGAAGAUGCGGCUCCGGCCCCGGCUCCCGCCCUCGCGGCCGCGGCACAGCAGCACAAGACGCGACGACGCAGAGGGUCCCUUAGGAAGGUGGCACUGCUCGGGAGGGGCGCACAACGUGAACGCAGGGACAGCAGGGCUCUGACCAUCGAUACCUCGCAUGGCUCCGACGUGGAUCCAGACUCAUCAGGGUCCCCGUCAAGUGCCGCCAUGAACGGCCACGACGCCCUUGGCCUCAAGCUCGUCAGCCUCGGCCAGCGCCCGCUGGGUGACGAGCCGUCCUCACAGCGAAGCAUUACCGAUCCGCCCGCUUCGGUCGGCCCGUCAGCUGACUCGACAGCGUCGCACAAGGACCGCGAUGGGGAACGAUCGAAUGCAUAUACCUCGACGACGGACGAAGAGGACGGCUUGCAGAUAGCGUCCACGUCGUUGCCGCCACGAAACGGGCUGUCCAUGUCGUCGGGUUCCGAGUCGCACUUUGGCAGCGGCCGUGUCACUGCCAACAGGCGAAGGUCCUUUCAGCAGGCCAAGUCGCCCUUGUCGUACAGCGGCAUCUCGACAAACGCGAUCCCGCCGGCCGACUCAGAUUGGGACUAUGCAGAGACGGAGUGGUGGGGGUGGGUGGUCCUCACCGUCACCUGGUUCGUCUUCGUCAUCGGCAUGGGCUCGUGUCUCGAGGUCUGGAAGUGGGCAUGGGACGUGGGGAAGACGCCGUACGCGCCGCCGGAGCUGGAGGACGACGAGACGUUGCCCAUUAUUGGAUAUUACCCGGCCCUCAUUAUCCUGACGGGCGUCAUGGCAUGGGUCUGGGUCGUGGUGGCGUGGGUUGGAAUGAAAUACUUUCGGCACGCCAAGAUCAGUGGUGAUUGA